GGUAUUUGCAACAGGAAAAACUUCUAGCUACCUGCCGUGAAUUUAUUUUGGAAAGCUCAGAUUUGAAAGAAUAUGCAGAGCACUGUACAGAGGAUGGGUUCAUUCCAGCCUGCUUGCUGUCCCUGUGUGGAAAAAACUUGACAACUAUUCUUAAUGAAUAUGUAGCCAUGAAAACAAAAGAAACAACAAUUGAAGUUCCUGCAAUGAUGUCAUCUCUGUGGAAAAAAUUAGACUAUACGCUUUCUCAGAUCAGGAGCAUGCAGAAUUCCACAGGAUUUUCUGCUAAUCAAAGGACACGCACCAGAAGCGGGAUUGUAGAGAUGAAAAGGCAGAGGAUGCUCCAGCAGUCGGCCGCGGCAAGCUCCCUGCUGCUGCCUGUAGCCCAUCAGCCAGGGCCACAGGGUUCCUCUUCUGCUGUAGCUCCUCAAGUUAUGCAGAGGCCAGCAAUAAAUCAAAGCGUGUCACAGGCCAGGCUGAAUACGUUGUUUGUGCACCAGUCACAAGCCCAUGAAAACAAGAUCAGCACAGGAGAUUUCAUACACAUUCAAGUCCCAGCAUCACAAGAACGAAAGCUUCAUUCAAACUUGCUUUCUCCAGGAAGGCGAAAAAGUGACUCUCAGAAGAGGAAAAGCAUUGCAACAGCUGGACCUCUUACAGCAACCAGAAGUUCUCAAGACCCUGAUGAAGUAUUGACAGAAAAGCAACUGGUUAUUGAAAAUGCCAGAGAAAAAAUCUUGAGCAACAAAUCUCUUCAGGAGAAGCUUGCUGAGAACAUUAACAAAAUCCUGGGCAGUGAUGGCAGUGUUGCUCAGGCCCCUAAACAGACAGACAGUGGUCCCACAGAACAGGAGACUUCAAUUGAUGAAAUCCUUGGACUUCAGGGAGAAAUUCAUAUGUCAGAAGAGGCUAUACAGGACAUUCUAGAACAAACAGAAUCAGAUCCAGCUUUUCAAGCACUCUUUGACUUGUUUGAUUACGGAAAAAGCAAGGUAAACAAGAACUUACCUGCUGGUAUUUCUGAUCAGAAUGGAGUGGAAAAUGCAGUCCUGGUGGAUGAGAAUAACCUGGAAACACUUGAAAGCUCUUUAGGAACCGAAGAAAGUAGUAGAUGUAUUAAUUCCACAGAGUCACUGUCCUGUAAAGGUUUUCAGUUAGGAGAAGCACCGUGUGCCUUGAAGACCAGCAUUCAUGAUGGUGAUAUGGCUAAGGAAAACACAGCUGGAAGCUGCAGGCCACAGAAGCAGCCUGAACUGCUGAAAACUGUCACCCCUGAACAUAUUGGGGAGCUGGAAAUCGCUUUUGACUCUGUGCCUGGUUUGACUGAAGCUAGCAAGAGACAGAGUUCUGACAGCGAAUCUAAUGAACACUGUGGGGUUCCUUAUGAUAAAAAAGAGCCCUCUGCAUUAGGAUCUGAAAGUGGAAGAGCUAUGGAAAUUGAAAAAGGCCCACUAAGUCCUAGUGCUCAAAGCAGUCCUCAUUUGGAAUAUGUUCAUUCUGGCAGUCCGCAGAUGUCUUUGAUGUCAUUGGCGGAGGGUACUACAGCCAGUGAAAACAAAACACAUUCUGGAAGUAAAUGCCACUUAUCACCAGAUACUUCACUAUCUGAAAAAACACUUAAUGGAAGCCCUUCUGUUGGGAGCCCUAGCCACAGCGUGGUGCCACAAAAAAACAAUUCAGCAGUUCCUAGCCCAUCAGCAGAUGCAGGAAAAGAACAGGCUGCAACAAAUGGUACAGCUACUUUACCUGGUGUUUUACAGAACUCCAGCCACCACUCUCACUGUCAGGAACAGAGUAUGCAGUCAGACUGUGCUGAGAGAUCUGCAGCAAAGGUUUUGGAUCUUAACAAAACAGAGGUGCAGCUUGAAGUUGUUGAUACUUCUAACAAAACUUACUCAAAUGAUCAGCAUACUCUUGAUAAGCCUUGUAAGAAAGAUUUUAACCUCCCUUCAGGACUGUCAAGCUUGGAGAGAACACAAGGUGAAAUGCAGGAACCUUCAUCUUCUACAAAAGUAGAUGCUGAUAAUAUGUAUUUCUCUUCUGGUGAUGAUGCAUGUACAGAAAUUUCUGUAGUGUCCACUGAAAAUAAUCUUACUACAUCUGAAAUACGCCACUCUCCUCUCCCAGAAACUGCAUCCUCAGCGGAUGAAUCGGGUGCUGAGGCCAAAACUGUCAGUGGUGUGUCUUCUAGUAGUCAGCCAGUGGAUGUUGAUCCUUCUAAUAUCAUGUCCCUCAAGAUCAUCAUCAGUGACGAUCCAUUUAUUUCAUCAGACACGGAGUUAAAUAAUGCUGUUUCCAGCAUCACAGGAGAAAACUUGCCGACCAUAAUACUGUCUUCUCCAGCCAAAUCCCCAACCAAAACAGCAGGCCUAUCCAAAUGUUUAACUUCAGGAGACACAGAAAAAAACAUGGAUUCAGCUUUAGCAGAACAGAAUCUUCUCGUGCUUAGACCCAAGGAUCCUGUGGUCACCUCAGUUAACACUCAGAAUGAAGACUGCACUGUUUUUUCAGUUGCAGGCACCACUAACCUUUCCAAGGAAGGGGGAUUUAUACAGUUGAUGCCAGCGACAAGCACAGCUUUUGGGAACUCAAACAACCUUUACAUAGCCACCUGUGUGACUGAUCCAGCUACCUUGGGCACAGCAGUAACACCAUCAAACGUGGUGGUAUUGCCCAGCAACUCCAUGCCGCUUGCUGCCCAAGCUCCAGCUGUGCAGCAGUUACGGACCCCUCCUAGGGCCAGCAAUACGUUUGCAGCAAGCCAGGCAGUCUCCCCAAACUUCCCACAAGGUUCUGCCAUUAUAAUUACAUCUCCAGUGCAGCCUGUUUUGCAAGGAAUGGUGGGAAUGAUACCUCUGUCAGUGGUAGGACAAAAUGGAAAUACGUUCUCAGCACCUGCCCGCCAGGUUCUGCACAUGCCUGUGCCUAAUCCAGUGUGCAACAGAAGUGUCCCAAAACUUCCCAUCCCUCCCAAAUCGCAAAAGAUUCCUGGAGCAAGAAACAAGACUCACACAGGAAAAGUGGUACCAAGUGCAGCUGAGCCUUCGAGCCAUACCAGUUCUCGAACACAAAGGACUGGAAAUUCGGACAAGCUGAGCACUGCAGAACUAGGAAGGAAGGUGGAGGAGAACGUGCCUGUUGUGCCGGCAGAAGGCACGAGCUCAAAUUCCAGACCAAGUGAAAGUCACAGGAGAGUGCUGUGCUUCGAUAACGUCCUACCCGCUGCAGGAGGAAACUCCCAGGCUCAGGCUGCAAAGAGUUUACCCCAGAAAGAACGAAGCGACACCGCUGACUCCGUGUCAUCCUCCGCUAAGGCGCAGGCAGCGAAGAGAGAGAGGGAGAAGACGCUGCCCAGGAUUCUGUGUAAGCCGGAGGCCGGCGGCAGCAGAG